AUGGAUUCUUUUCAGCAACAAGAACAACGACGACAACAGCAACGAACCGAAGAACUGAUCGGCUACCGGUUCCGUUCAAACAAAUAUAUCACAGAGGCAUUGACACUUUGUGUCCCAGGCGGGAACUACAGACUUGCUGUCGUUGGUGAUUGCAAGAUGGGUUCUGCCAUGGUAGAUGAAUGGUAUCUCGGUAAUACACCCAGAAAGAACUGGACCACAAUGCGCGAGAACCUGCUAGGCAAUAUCAACCUUACCAGAGUUACACGUGCGACAGGUCUUGCCGCCUGCGUAAUGUCUGAAGGCCUCCCUUGCUCAGACAAGCAAGCCGCGACGUUUCUCGAAGCCGUCAUUGGUGCCGUAUAUGUUGACUCAGGUUACGACAUGGAGAGAGUAAAAUCGGCCAUGAAGACUCUGGGCAUUCUCCAAGUGGUAGUGUUUUCUCCUCUCCGCCCUGACUAA